CCAAAAAUAGAACAAGAAGUCAAAAAACCCACUCACACUGUCACACAGACACUAAGCAUCCCCAGACUCCUAAAGAUGGCAGAUUCAUCACCCCCUCAAAAAAAACGCCACAAUAUUUUCACCUUCACCUCCAUUCUUUUCCUCAUCUCCAUCUUCCUCAUUCUCCUCGUUUUCCUGAGCAGUGAAAAAACUCUCAAUCUCUUCAUCUCUCCUUCCAUCAACCCAGAAAUCUUCGCCCAAACCAACACUACAACCGCCGCAACUCCACCCAUUGUCGAACCAGAGUCUACAUCGUUCGAAUCAAAUCAAAUUUUUUCAAAUGAAACCCAUGUUGAGGAAAAUGAAAAUGUGGGUUUUGUUAACGGAUCUAUUGGUGAAAAUGGGUCGGUUAAAGAAGAAGAAAAAGAGGUGGAGAAAUGGGGUAAAAAUUGUAACUUUUAUAUGGGUAAAUGGGUUAAAGAUGAUGGGUACCCGGUUUAUCAACCGGGUUCAUGUCCUUUUGUUGAUGAAGCCUAUGAUUGUCAGAGUAAUGGAAGGCCUGAUUUUGAGUUUAUGAAGUGGAGAUGGAAGCCUGAUGAUUGUGAUCUUCCAAGGUUCAACGCAACUGACUUUUUGGUCAGAAUUAGGGGUAAAAGAUUAAUGCUUGUUGGAGAUUCUAUGAAUCGGAACCAGUUUGAGUCAAUGUUGUGCCUUCUUCAUGAGGGGCUUCCUGACAAGAGUAAAAUGUAUGAAGUACAUGGAUAUAAAAUAACUAAAGGAAGAGGUUUCUACAUCUUCAAGUUUGUGGACUUUAACUGUACAAUAGAAUAUGUGAGGUCCCAUUUUCUUGUUAGAGAAGGAACCCGCAUUAAUGGACAAGGAAACUCAAACCCAACAUUAUCAAUGGAUAAAAUUGAUAAGACAGCUAGAAAGUGGACGCAGGCUGACAUUCUUGUCUUCAAUACUGGCCACUGGUGGACUCACGGGAAAACCUCGAGAGGGAAAAAUUACUACAAAGAAGGUGACUACGUCUAUCCCAAAUUCGAUGCUGUAGAGGCUUAUAGGAAGGCCUUGAAAACGUGGGGAGAAUGGGUAGAUAAAAAUUUGAACCCUGCAAGGCAAUUGGUUUUCUAUCGUGCAUACUCAUCUCCACAUUUCAGGGGUGGAGAUUGGGACUCUGGAGGUACAUGCAAUGGUGAAACGGAGCCCAUAUUAAGCGGGACUUUCUUGGAUAGCUACCCGAUAAAAAUGAAAAUUGUUGAAGAUGUUAUCCAACAAAUGAAGGUUCCUGUGAUAUUACUUAAUGUUACAAGAUUGACAAAUUUUCGCAAAGAUGGCCACCCAUCAGUCUAUGGUAAGAUGAGGCCAAAGGGGAUGAAAGUUUCUACUAGAAAACAAGAUUGCAGCCACUGGUGUCUUCCCGGUGUUCCUGAUGCUUGGAACGAAUUAAUUUAUGCAACUUUAGUUUACCAACAAACUGCUAUCCGCCAAGUAUAACAGGCUCAGCAACUUUAAUUUUCGAGUGGGAUAUGAUAUCAAUGUAAUACUCGUAGUACAUGUAUUCAUUAUGCAUUUCCAUCUCAGGCCGUGUAAGAGGCUGUAAGGUAACCUACAGCAUAGAGCCCGACCCAAAAAUCUAAAAUUCAUUGUUUGUUAGUCACAUUGACCUACCGUCAUAUUUUAGGUACUCUAUAUUGUAAAAAGUUAUUCUCAGUAUGAUAACUUUAUAGAAUUCUCCUUUUGUCUUAAAAGUAAAAACUUGGUAGAAUAUAUAUAUAUUUAUAUAUUACAUUUAUGCAUAA